CACGUAUUCAUGCGCCUUUUACUCAUUUGCAUUUGGCGCGGGUGGGGAUGGAGCUGAGCCUGAAUGGACCUAUUGUGAUUGUGUGACUAUAUUACUCACAUAUAAACGCGCUGCAUGCACGUCUUACUUUCGCACCUAAACAUUUACACACUGCGUGGAUUUACAACGUGUUUUGCAUAGUUUGGAUGCGCAUUGUGGGGAUGGAGAAGCAACAGCAUGGCGCCUUCCAACAUGUUACUUAACCGGUUUUGUUGUUCGGCGAUGUCCACUCACCACGAAACACAAAGUUUCACUGGUCGUCCUGAUUGCAUCCUUAAAGACAUGUAGUUAAGUCCUGAAAAUACUAAAACGAAACCAGCAGAGAGCCAAUUUUCUGUUUGAUUGAUCUGACGCAGUGUUUUUCAACCACUGUGUCGCGGCACUUAGUGUGCCUUGGAAGAUUAUCUAAUGUCACCUAUUUGGUUUAAAAAUAUUUGUUGCAAACCAGUAUUUAUAAUCUGCAAAUAAUGUACCGUUAAGUGUCUGUACUGUCUGGAGAUGGCAGACUUACCACGUUAUACUCUUCCAAAACAGUAGGUGGCAGCAGGUAGCUAAUUGCUUUGUUAAUGUCUGAAACAGCGGGAUGCAGGGUGAAGUUAAAAAGUUAUUUAAAGGCCUACUGAAAUGAGAUUUUCUUAUUUAAAAGGGGAUAGCAGGUCCAUUCUAUGUGUCAUACUUGAUCAUUUCGCGAUAUUGCCAUAUUUUUGCUGAAAGGAUUUAGUAGAGAACAUCCACGAUAAAUGUCGCAACUUUUGGUCACUAAUAAAAGAGCCUUGCCUUUACCUGAAGUAGCAGACGACGUGCGUGUGACGUCACGGGUUGUAGGGCUCCUCUCUUCCUCACAUUGUUUACAAUCAUAGCCACCAGCAGCAAGAGCUAUUCGGACCGACAAAGCGACAAUUUCCCCAUUAAUUUGAGCGAAGAUGAAAGAUUUGUGGAUGAGGAAAUUUAGAGUAAAGGACUAGAAAAAAAAGAGGCAAUUGCAGUGGGAGUGAUUCAGAUGUUAUUAGACACAUUUACUAGGAUAAUUCUGGAAAAUCCCUUAUCUGCCUAAUGUGUUGCUAGUGUUUUAGUGAGAUUAAAUAGUACCUGACAGUCGGAGGGGUGUGGCCACGGGUGUGUUGACCGCGAAUGUCUCUGAGGGCAGUCACGCAACUGCAGCAGGACGGAAGCUCCGCUGAUGUCUCCGCAAUGGCAGAGGCUCAUCAGGCUGUGGCGUUCCAGUUCACGAUAACACCGGAAGGCAUCGACCUGCGUCUUUCCUAUCAAGCCCUCAACCAGAUCUACUUGUCAGGAGUGCGAUCAUGGAAAAAGCGUGUCAGCCGCUUAAAGAACCGGAUGAUCAAGGGAGUGUACCCAGCCAGCCUUUCAUCCUGGCUUUUUGUCGCCAUCGCCAUCCUGGCCACAAUGUAUAUGCGCUCUGAUCCUAGCAUGGGGCUCAUUGCCAAAAUACAGCAACACCUUCCCCUCAGCCUGCACGUGUCUCUCAGCACUCAAGGUCAGACCAUGCUGUCUGCGCUGGUCUUUAGCACGCUGCUGUGGCUCUCUCUCAUCCUGGCUCUCAGGUUCUGCCUCAAGCUGCUUCUCUCCUACCACCAAUGGAUAUUUGAGCAGCACGGUCGAGCUUCCAACACCACUAAAAUCUGGGGGACUCUCCUGGGGCUCUUAUCAAGCAGGAAGCCUCUACUGUACAGCUACCAAACCUCUCUACCUCACCUGCCUGUUCCUGCCAUAAAGGACACCCUGAGCAGGUACAUGGAGUCCGUGCGCCCUCUAUUGGCUGAUGCAGAUUUUAAACGGAUGACAAAGUUAGCCUCCGAGUUUGAGCGCAACCUGGGAAACCGCCUCCAGCGCUACUUGAAACUUAAAGCUCUAUGGGCUACUAACUAUGUGAGUGACUGGUGGGAGGAGUACAUUUACCUGCGGAGCCGAGGGCCCAUAAUGGUCAACAGCAACUACUAUGGCAUGGACUUCCUGUAUGUGACCCCGACUUCCGUGCAAGCUGCCAGGGCAGGCAACACAAUCAGUGCUAUGCUGCUGUACCGCAGGAAGGUCAACAGGGAGGAGCUCAAACCGAGCCGCGUUCCUGGUACAUUCAUCCCCCUGUGUGCUGCCCAAUAUGAGAGGAUGUUCAACACAACACGCACUCCAGGAAUUGAAACAGAUGUUCUCCAGCACUGGCUGGACAGUGAGUUUGUUGCUGUGUACCACAAGGGACGCUUUUUCCGCCUGUGGGUGUACCGGGCCGGCCGCCUGCUCUCUCCUAGGGAGAUCGAGUUCCAGAUUCAGAAGAUCCUGGAUGACCCCUCACCCCCACAACCUGGGGAGGAAUAUCUAGGAGCUCUCACAGCCGGUGACAGGAUUCCUUGGUCUGAGACGAGGAAGCAAUACUUCAGCACCGGCGUCAAUAAGCGGUCGUUGGAUGCCAUCGAGAAGGCCGCCUUCUUCGUAACUCUGGAUGAUGAAGAGCAGGGCAUGAGGGGAACUGACCCAGAAGGAAACUUGGAUCGCUACGCCAAGUCGCUGCUCCAUGGCAAAUGUUACGACAGAUGGUAUGAUAAAUCAUUUUCUGUUGUGAUCUACAAGAAUGGGAAGAACGGACUUAACGCUGAGCACUCCUGGGCUGAUGCACCAACUGUUGCUCAUCUUUGGGAGUACACAUUAGCUACCGAUGCGUUCCAUCUGGGAUACACAGAGGAUGGACAUUGUAAGGGUGAAGUGGACCGCUCACUACCCCACCCACAGAGGCUCGUCUGGGACAUCUCGCUGGAGGUAAGUGUAUUAGUUAAUUUACGUCCUAGUACUACUGUUGGUAUCGUGUAAUAUUUAAAUCAUAAU